AUGGCUGACAAUAACACUGGUCCGGCCAGCAGCGAUGCAGAUAAGCAUUCCAGUCGCCCAAGUGACAAGGACGCAAACAAGAUGAUGGAGGACCCGAUAAUGCGCGAUUACGUGAAGAAGAUACUGGGCGAGGAUGCAGAGCCGCCUGCUGACUACGCCUCGCUGAUCAUCGAGUCGCGGCGCCGGGGCCGUGAGGGUCUGCCACAGCCGCACCUCAGGCCGCACAGGUGCGACAAGCACCUGCAGGACUUUCUCGACGGCAUAUUUUUUGGCGAGUUCUGGGCGCCCGCAAAGGUAUACUUCAGGUGCAUGGGAUCUAAACAGGGCGAGGAGCCCGAGCGGUACAUACCCCAGACAGAUCAGCACACGCCCAAACGCUGA